AUGGAUGCGCCUUGCGCGAAGCGGCCACGAGCCGCCGAUCAGGUUCGAGCCUGCGCCAGCCCGCAGCAACUGUCUGUGGAAGAUUUCCAGGAGCACGUCAAGAUAUGCCAGCUGCAGAAGUUCAGUUUCGACUAUUACGUACAUGGCCUCGUUGAAGAGUCCGGAGAGGUGCUUGAGGCAGUGCGAAGCAAAGCCGACAGUGGCAGCGUGGGCAACGAGCUCGGCGACGUAUCUUUGAUCUUGUUGAAUAGCAUUUCCGACUUGGUCAUGGCUAACGGGCUCAGAUCUUUUGGAUGA